AUGGGUCACCAGUGGGUGCUUGAGCGUUUUAUCGAGAGCUGCCACAUGAAACCUGGGGAUUUUAUCAUCAUCAGGCGUGAUGUGAGCCGUAGGAGUUGGUGUAGAAUGUUGCGGCGAAUGCGGCAGCAGCAGUUUCUGGAAGGUGGCAGUGGCUGCGGAUUGGAGCCCGCGAAGAGGUGGUCAUACACUUCGGUGUCUUUGAGGGGUAGCAGUGUCUUUGAGGGGUUGCAGAGCUUCAAAGAUGCGACUCAGUUGGGCUACCUGCUCGGUAGGGUUGACAAGGAGGUUAACUCAUGUGAUAUUCUCAACAGCGGCAUUGUUUUCGUCGGCAGUGGAUGGUCCGGCUCACCUUUAUUGGCAGCAGGCGCAGUCGUUCUGCCGGUGUUGGAGCUCCAGUCCAAGUUGUCAAAGCAUUCGGUGAGGAACUUGAGGAGUUGGCGGUUGUCCUUGAUCAGAGGUCUGGCAGGCUUUCGGGGGGUUUGUGGGUCUACAACGCUUCCCGGCGGAGACAGGCUAUGA